AAAAGAAAGGCUGAGAAAUAAAGUUUUUCUCUUCUGCCUUGAAUAUUUAUAAUGGGUAUCGGGAAAUCUAAAAUAGAUUCCUGCCCCUUUUCUCUCUCUUGGGGUAAAAGCCACAAUGAGGAUACAAGUCAAGGACAUCAUGAGUCAGAUUCCAAGAAGUCCAAAGAUAACUCUUUGUGUGAUGUUGCUGAACAUUACAAUACAACACCAACAAGAAAGCAGGAAGGAGCUGAGAGAGUGGAAGAAACACUAGAAGAUGAAGAUGAAGAAGAGGAGUUCCUCAAAUUUGUGAUAUUGCAUGCAGAAGAUGACACAGAUGAAGCCCUCAGAGUCCAGAAUCUGCUACAAAAUGACUUUGGUAUCAAACCCGGAAUAAUCUUUGCAGAGAUGCCAUGUGGCAGACAGCAUUUACAGAAUUUAGAUGAAGCUGUAAAUGGGUCUGCAUGGACUAUCUUAUUACUGACUGAAAACUUUUUAAGAGAUACCUGGUGUAAUUUCCAGUUCUAUACAUCCCUAAUGAACUCUGUAAACAGGCAGCACAAAUACAACUCUGUUAUACCCAUGCGGCCCCUGAACAAUCCCCUUCCACGGGAAAGGACUCCCUUUGCUCUCCAAACCAUCAAUGCCUUAGAGGAAGAAAGUCGUGGCUUUCCAAGGCAAGUGGAAAGAAUUUUUCAGGAGUCUGUAUACAAGACACAACAAACUGUAUGGAAAGAGACAAGAAAUAUGGUACAGAGAAAAUUUAUUGCCUGAGAUGAAACAUGCAACACAUAGCUGCCUCCUGUUUUGUAAACCACAUGAUUAACGUUCAUUUGAGAAAACAGUUUCUAAAAAAUGCUUAAAAUAAAAUAGCCUUAUUCUUACAGACACUAUGGGACACAAGAAAGAUACAUUUCUGCUGGACAGUCUACAGAAUUGUGAUAUGUUUCAAUAAACUUGACACUGUCAAAGUU